CCGUUCUAGCCGAGUGCCCCCUUCUCCUGUGCGAGCGCGGGCGCGCCUCGAACUCCCGGGACCGGCCAGGCUGGGCGCGGGGCGCCGCUCCCGAGACCUGGAGGAGUCCGCUCCUCCCGCGUAGCCCUGGACCGUGGAGCCCAUUUCUUGCGGCUCAUCGGGCGCGCGGAGUUUGCGGCGUACCUGCGGAGAUCGCACCUGCGGAGGGCGUACCUGCGCCUGAGGAGGAGGAAGGGCAAGAUCCAGCCUGAAGGACCCGCGCUCCAGCCUCUCCGCAUAAGGGCGGUCCCCGGGUGGGGCGAAGCUCCCCCGUCUUUACUCUCGUCCCCGAUCCCGGCGUGGGCCACCGGCUGCAAGAUGAACUGUCGCUCGGAGGUGCUGGAGGUGUCGGUGGAGGGGCGGCAGGUGGAGGAGGCCAUGCUGGCGGUGCUGCACACGGUGCUCCUGCACCGCAGCACCGGCAAGUUCCACUACAAGAAGGAGGGCACCUACUCCAUCGGCACCGUGGGCACCCAGGACGUUGACUGCGACUUCAUCGACUUCACCUAUGUGCGCGUCUCCUCUGAGGAGCUGGACCGCGCCCUGCGCAAGGUCGUCGGGGAGUUCAGGGAUGCUCUGCGAAACUCCGGGGGCGAUGGGCUGGGGCAGAUGUCCUUGGAGUUCUAUCAGAAGAAGAAGUCUCGCUGGCCUUUCUCAGACGAGUGCAUCCCCUGGGAAGUGUGGACGGUCAAGGUGCACGUGGUGGCCCUGGCCACGGAGCAGGAGCGGCAGAUCUGCCGGGAGAAGGUGGGUGAGAAGCUCUGCGAGAAGAUCAUCAACAUUGUGGAGGUGAUGAACCGGCACGAGUACCUGCCCAAGAUGCCCACGCAGUCGGAGGUGGACAACGUGUUUGACACAGGCUUGCGGGACGUGCAGCCCUAUCUCUACAAGAUCUCCUUCCAAAUCACCGAUGCCCUGGGCUCCUCUGUCACCACCACCAUGCGCAGGCUCAUCAAAGACACCCUGGCCCUCUAGGCCUCGCUGGGCCUUGGGUGCUCCUUGAUGGCUUGCGGACCUUGGCUUCUGGGGAUCGUACUGGUAGGCCCUGUUAGCCCUUGGGGCUCUGGAACCCGCUCCGGGUCCUUGAUGAGACUUGGAAGGGCCACCCCUGGCUUCCUGUUGUGUGGUUGCCAGUCUCUGGUCAUCCUUGUCACCUUCACUGAUGGUCAAGUCCGGCCUACACUGUCUCUCCGCACCCCUGGUGGGGGUCCCCUUUCCUACACUGUACAGAAGAGCCGUCACUAGGAUGGUGAAUAAAGUCGAGAAUGUGAGUUUGGGUUGA